AUGACCUUGGUGGUCCUGGUGCUUCUGCUAUGUGAGGGCCUCAGGCACCCAGACUGCAAACUGCAGGCCCUCUGGCUGGACAGCUGUGGCCUCACAGCCAAAGCAGGUGAGGACCUUUCUUCCAUUCUGGGAACCAACCAGACCCUGAGUGAGCUUUAUGUGACCAACAAUGCUCUGGAGGACACAGUAUGCGCCCGGCACUUCUCGUUGCCCGAGCUCUUACCAGGCCCUGUGUACCUCUACUACGAGCUGUCCAACUUCUACCAGAACAACUGGCGCUACGGAGUGUCCCGCGACGACGUGCAGCUCAGCGGCCUGGCCAGCGCGCUGCGCCACCCCGCCAACGAGUGCGCCCCCUACCAGCUCAGCGUCACCGGCCUGCCCGUCGCGCCCUGUGGCGCCAUCGCCAACAGCCUCUUCAACGACUCCUUCACUCUGUGGUACCAGCGCAGGCCCGGAGAACGCUACGUCGAGGUGCCUCUCGACCGCACCGCCAUCGCCUGGUGGACCGACUACCACGUCAAGUUCCGCAACCCGCCCCUGGUGAACGGCAGCCUGAAGCUGGCCUUCAGCGGCACGGCGCCACCGCCCAACUGGCACCGACCGGUUUACAAGCUCAGUCCAGAUCCCAACCAGGACUUCCUGGUGUGGAUGCGCACAGCGGCGCUGCCCACCUUCCGCAAGCUGUGCAACUACUCGGCCCGCCUGCCCCGGGGUGCCUAUUUUGUGAACAUCACCUACAACUACCCGGUGCGCGCCUUCGGCGGCCACAAGCUCAUCAUCUUUAGCAACAUCUCAUGGAUGGGUGGCAAGAACCCUUUCCUGGGCAUCGCCUACCUGGUCGUCGGCUCCCUCUGCAUCCUCGUGGGCUUUGUCAUGCUGGUCGUCUACAUUCGCUACCAGGACCAGGAUGACGAUGACAACGAUGACGAGUGA